AUGGCGGAAAAGAAGACCUUCCGAGAGUUCACUUCCGUGAGGGCCUUCUAUGACAUGAACAAGCAUCCUCAUGGCUAUCGCUAUGUUCGACUACUGCAGGCUCAGGAGGACAAGGCGGCAGGGGCAUUGAUCGGCUUGUCCACUGGUUGGGUCCCUGCCACGGUGGCCGAAGACUUCAGCGGCGAUGGCGAGGUGCUGGUCAAGAUGCACGGGCACUUUGACGACGUCUUUGAGCCGAAGCCGGUGGAGGACAUGCACUGGAGGGUCCACCCCGACUUGAUCAUUCCUCGGACUGCGAAGGCGGCAUCCAUCGAGCUCUCUCUGCUGGUGGUGCGCUGGAAGCAGUAUUAUCCAGGAACCAGGGCAUCACGGAGUCACAACGUGCUGAACGAGGAUAUGAUCAAAGACGUACUGGAGGGUGCGGGCUCGCUGAAGGAGGCCCUGGGCAAAGGGCAGUACGAGAUCUUCACCGUCUUCGCCUCGCGGGGCGAGGACCUGGACGCAGUGCCCUCCUUGGUCAAGAAGAUGCGGGGCAAGAGGAAGGCUGCGAUGUACUUCCUAUGGCCAUCCCAAAAGAUGGAGAAGGAGGGCCGGGUGAAGGCCGCAGCCCUGGAGGGUCUGAUGCAGCGCAUGGAGGCGGAUGGGGUGAAGACCUGCUGGCCGCACCCCUUGCCGCUCUACCAGGACAUCGUCAGCAAGAGCUGGGCGGCACGCGAGUGCGCGGCCCCGGAGCUGCGGAUCCCCAACACCACGGAGGUGCGGCUGAGCGACGGCUCCGCCGCCCAGGCGAUCGAGGAGCUGCAGGCGCUGGCGCGGCGCCAGGGUAGGGAGCCCCGCUCCAAGGAGGAAUAUGCUGGGGUGGCGAAACUGGGAUACGCGUGGAUGGGGGAGAGCGUCAUUCCCUUCGUGGGUGAGGAGAACUUGACGAGGGCCCUGAAGAAGCUUCUGGACGGAGCCGAGAAGGAGGCGAAGUGCCUGGUGCAGGAGCGCAUUGAAAACGUGCGCUGCGAGAUGCGGGCCUUCUGCUGCAGGGAUUACGCGAACUCCGAGGAGCGCUAUGCCAUCAAGCUGCUGAACAUUCAGAUGAAGCCCCCCACCCACCAGACCUGGGAUCCUACUUUCCGCAUGGCCGAUCACAGAACCUGGACUGAUGAUGAUCUCGCGCGGCAGUGUUUCGGUGGCGACAAGAAGCUGGUGGCCAAGGCGAAGGCUGCGGUCCUGCAACUCACAGAGCGGUGGAUGGAUUGGUUCCGGCGCAAUCACAGUGAGCCACACGUGAUCCGGAUGGACUUCAUGGUGUCCGUCCCGGCUCCCGGCGAUUUUGAGAUCCACACCUGCGAGCUCACGGAGUGCGGCGGCUCCACCUGCGGCCUCCACGUGGCCCCCCGCACCAGCGCCACCCUCAACGCCUGCCUGGCCGACGGCGACUUCCCCGAAGCCUUCCCCAAGCCUUUGCCGCCCUUCCAGGAGGAGCGCAAUGAGCGCGACCGGAAAACCGAGAAGCCCGCCACGGCCUCGACGCCGGCCGCCUCGGAGGGCUUGCUGUCGACGCGGCGAGUAGAGCUGGGGGUGGCCAUCAGCGCGCUGCUGGUCUUGAUGGGGCCGCGGCUCAAAGGUCUGAGGGCCAGCCUCGCGCCGCUCCUGGCUUUGGGUCUGCUGGCGGCCUUCUCCGCGAGAGUCGCGGCGAGGCCCAGCUCCCUGCAAAUGCAGGAGGCGGCCGAUGAGGCGCUCUCCAGAGCGCUGGCACAGGCCAGCGCUGGACUGGGCUUGGACCUCACCAGCCUGGAGGCGCCAUCCCACAUGGAGCCAAGCACCCAGUCCCUCGGGAAGCUUCCGAGCGCGGUGACGGUGGCAGGCGAGCCGGUCGCUUCCACCGGAGACAUGAUCUACCUGGGAGGGGGCCUCUACGCCUGCGCUGCACCCGAGAAGCCGAAGAAGAAGCAGGCGUCCAGAAAGCCGCCGAGAAGGCCUGCCUCAGUGAUGCGAAGCGCGUCUGCUCACAUCGUGGGUCCUCAGACGGAGUCCAGCGAGCUCAGUUCGCCGCAAUCACGAGCGCACAGCGAAGGGCAGAUCGGCUUCGCGAACCUAUACUCUGAGCACCGAGGACCCUCGCGGGCCGGCAGUGUUGUGGGCAGUUCCACCACUGCAGUUGGCCCACCUCCAGGCCCGCGAGUUUGGCGGCCUUCAGGCGUCCAGAAGCUGCCAGCCGCCAAGCUGGAGCCGCCCGCCGGCUUCGGCGGCAAGGCCUCGCGCCUGUCCGCCGAGGAUGCGGGCAAAAUGCCUGGAGAGCAUGCGGAGGAGCGCGCGCACUGCCGGCGGUCCAGCGGCAAGGAGGGGGUGAUGCUCUUCGGCUCCAACGGAGUGCUGGCGCACAUGCGGGACCCGUCUUUGGAGCAGCACCAGGCCGCGCCGCCGCCCUCUGGCCCACCCAAAGGCAUCUCCAAACGCCUCGAGGAGCGCAAGGCCGCGAAGCAAGCGCGGGUCGAGGAGGUUCUGGAGGAGCGCGCUUUGCGCCUGGCGACGGAAGCUGCAAUAAGCAUGCAGAAGCGCCAGAAUCUGGCAGCCAGAGCCAAGCAUGCCUCAGCGCCGGACUUGUCUGUGGAGGAGCUGGAAAAGCAGCGGCAGCGAGUGGCCUGCAAGAUGGAGAUCCUGGAUUUCUUCCAUGGGUACAGGAACGCGGUGCACAAAUUCACCGAAGAGCAGCAGAAGGUGCUGCAUGCAAAUCUGCAUGGCAGCGGUCUACACGAGGCGUCCCUGCUGAGAGUUCCAUUCCUAGUUUCAGGCGGACAUGGCCAGAAGGCUUUGAUGGACGCCAAGGUUUGCAUGCUGGGCUCUUCAGCCAUCGCCACGGAGACACUCAAGAACCUAGUGCUCCCAGGCGUGGGCCACUUCACCGUGGUAGACGGUUCGAUCGUGGAGCCAGCCGAUCUGGGUCAGAACUUCUUUCUGGAGGAAGCUGACCUCGGCAAGCUGCGGUCCGAGGCGGUAUGCCGAUGGCUGCUGGAAAUGAAUCCAGAUGUCCAAGGGACACACUUGGACCUGGAUCCAGCCAAAGCGGUGGCGCAAGGCAAAGAGUUCUUCAGGCAGUUCACCAUGGUCAUAGCGUGCCAAAUGAUGGAGUGCUUGGCCAUCCAGCUGGGCAAGGUCUGCGAGGAGAUUGGCAUCCCACUAGUCCUGGCCACUUCGGUCGGCUUUGUAGGCAAGCUCCGGAUCUACGCGUCGGAGCACUGCGUCUGCGAGACCAAGCCCGACUCAGAGUUCGGCGAUCUGCGGCUCAACGAUCCAUUUCCAGAAUUGAGGAGGUUUGCAGAUUCCAUCGACUUUGCAACGCUCAAUGACUCCGAACAUGCACACGUGCCCUAUGUGGUCAUUUUGAUCAGAGCCUUGGAUACCUGGAGGAGUCGCGGCGAAGCAAGGAAACUUCCCAAGACCUCCGCUGAGAAGGAUGAGUUCAAAGCCAUCGUCUCGAAGAUGCGGCGGAGCCCGCAAGAGGCCAACUUUGAAGAGGCGAUGGCGAAUGCGUACAAGGCCUGGAUGCCCUACGUCAUUCCUGACUCCGUUCAGGAGGUCCUGUCGCUGGUCUCGCAUGCGGGCAAGAGCGACUUCUGGAUCCUGGCGCGAGCGGUGUCCCAGUUUGUCCGCGACUGCGGCAAGCUGCCCCUGGCUGGCAGCUUGCCGGAUAUGACCGCCAGCACCGAUUGGUACAUCAAGCUGCAGGACGAGUCACACCGAAACUCGGAGUCCAUGUGA